AUGCCUCCGAAGACUUCCCGCAAGGCUGUCACGGAGAUCACGCCGGAUCCGGAUACUCCGCUGGUGGUCACGCCUACGGUACCUGUUGGCACAGACAGCGAAGGAUUGAAGGAUGAGACGGAACUCCCGUCAACCAAGGACGCAACGGUGGCUGGCUCCUCUGGUCUCUCUGCGGAAAGCAAGGCUGAAGUUCCAGCUUUUGGAGAUGAGCUUCAGGACGAUUCUGAUGACGAGCUCGACAUUGACUUCAAGACUGAUGAGCUCUGUAAUCUGCGUCACACGGCUAUCCUGCUGAUUCCUUUUAUGCUCGCUCAGGAACUUGCCUCGGUGGUCUCGACGGUCAAGGUGCUGAUGAAGCGGGUCUGGUGCAACGUUCUUUCUGCUGACGCUGCUGACUCCGCGAAGUUUCAGAUCCUGCAACCGGCUUACAUCGCGAAGAUCCGCUUCUGCAGACUCCAAGUCUCGUUCCUGUUGGAGGGUGACGCGCAUGGAGUACGUCAGUUUGAGGUGGACUAUCAGAGGGUGAACGGCAAGCUUGUCAGGCUCUGUUGGCAGCACACGGACAACCUGGCGUUCGUCAGGGAGAGAUCUACCAACCCGCUGGCGGUCGAGGUUGUCCUCCGCAAUGUCUCCGCUUCGGUCACCCCCGAAGCACUGCAGCGUAUGCUCGUUCAUUACAAGCUGAAGUCCACUGCCUCCGUAAAGCUGAAUCAGCUGACCCUCCCCAUCCUGCGAGACCCUGCGAUUGCUCUCAUCUCCACCGGGGGACAGAGGGAGGAGUGGUUGUGCACUCAGAUGGGAUGCAAGAAGGCACACGGCGCGUCCUUCAUGGAAGCUCUCGAUCAUGUCCGAUCUGCGAAUCAUCUAUCGCACCUCGAGAAGCUUGGCACAGCCACCAGACUCACCUUAGAGAAGGCAAGCCUCAGUGUCAUUUUGAAAGACUAUGGGUUUCAGAACUCCAGCGGCUCGGUCGCAUCUCAGCAGCAGCGUCGGUAG